AUGGAUAUGUACAGAGAAGGAGUGGCACAUGAAUCAUAUUUUGAAAGACCAGACAACACCACAAUCACACUGAAGGAGGUCAAAGACUUGGAGACUGGCACAGUGCUUGAGGAGACUCUGCCACUCAGCAAUAAUGAGAUCAUGCCCGAUGGAUGUCUUAACGGGAUCAAACCAUAUUCAAAGGAAGCCAUUGAGGCCACGGUAAUCAAGGUGCAUUGUAUGAACGAUUGUAUCAAAGAGUAUCGAUAG